GUUCUAUUUAUAAAAUCAGCUGAAAUUUGUGAAUGCACAAUUUUCAGUCGUGGCAAUUUUCGAUAACCGAAAUCCACCAGUUACUUAGCACGUUUCUUCACUGGUCUAGAUAGCAACUAUAACUCAGUAACUCACCUACUAUGUUUAUUGAGUGAAAAAACAAGUGAUAACCCGAUCUUUGUGAUAAGGGCUUGCAUUCCACUCACCAUGGUUCGUCAAAGUUCCGGAAUCCGGAAUCCCCUAUUACCAAACGGGCGGUCACAGUCUUAUCAACAGCUAGUGCGCCACUUCCAGUUAUCGCACCAGCAGCUCAUACGUGAUUUUCAGGAAUCACACCAACAGCGGACGGACCAGGCCGACAUUGUACCUGCACGACGUUCGAUACGCGUUCGCGCCGUUCGAAAGCGGACAGCUCGCGAGGCUGCUCAUGAAGAAGAAAUGGCUCUGCAAGUAACGCGGUAUUCAGCGGUGGCGAUUAAAGAGGGGCACAAAGACACUUUUCUAUACGAAACUGCCCCCAUCCUUAAACGGAAAGAAAUGAUAGAAAGCACCGCACCGCUCUUUGGGCCAGUUGCGAGGAUGUUCGACUUAUCUACUUCGCGAUUACACCCAAGAACAAUAGACAGUUUAAAGGCAUUACCUCAGCGAAUUGCUCUGAGCGUCCGUAGAUACGAACAGCAAGAGCAGCAAAAUGUAACUCGAGCUAAAUGUGCGCGGCAGCAAUUGCAUGAAUCACAGCGAGCAGUUGGGUUUCCAUUAUCUCGUCAGGUUGACCAGAAACAAAAACCUGCUCCUGCUCAGAAUUAUGUUGAUGCAAAGCCUCUGCCAAGCAAAACUUGUGAGACCAUACAGUUAAAAAGUUUACUGUUUAAUCUAGAAAGCGGAAGGACAAGCUCAGGGGAAGUUCAAAGUCUACCGCAAAGUGUAAUGCUCAAGCAUAGCUUGAUCGAGCCAGCAACUGCAGAUAUACAUAAGAGAAUAUUCAAAACACUAGGACUGCCUUGUGACCCGCAUCCUAACCAGGCGCACCACAUUGUUGAAACUAUGGAAUCCCUGACACUCGACCAGGAAACGCCACUGACGUGACCGUGCUCAGAACUACGUGGAACAUGCGUCAAAAGUCUCUUUUAUAUCAACAAUCGUGCAACAGAUACUGUCGCGUACCUCCGGUCAGCGGCUCGGAGACAGAACACAAAGUGAUCUCAAUGAAAAUUUUAAUUUUAGGCAAUAGCAAUGAUAGCAACAGUGAGACGUUUAAAGCAGGGCAAACAUCAAAACCAUUCUGCUUCAAUACAUGCACUAGUGUGAAAACUUGAGAACCACCCAAAUGAUAAUAAUAGAAUAGUUCGCUUUAAGUUAAUCUUUUGCCUAUCUAAUAGUGACAGUUGUCAAAACAGAUUUGAUUUUCCAUUGUUUGGUAGGUAAGAUUACCGUAUUGGUUACUGCUCCACCUUUUGUACAGAGAGAUGUGUCAAGUGUCUCUGGAUAAAGACAAAGAUGGUAAAAGCACCCCUACACUUAGAAAAUAAGUGUAAAUAAAAACGGGACGCAGCGGACUUAACGAUUAGGCAUCUUGUGCUAAUAACAAGCUACAGUGAUUUCUGAAAACUCCACUCUAUUGCCGCGUGACCUUUCCUUUAUCUAAGCUAUGAAACAAUCUACAAGUAAGGCUACCCUUGAUGCCCACCCGUAUGUUUUCGCGUUCUGUUAUAUAACAAUAUAAAAUAAAGCAUUAUACAACAAACUGAAAACAAGCUUUCUUUUGUUCUCGACAACCAUAACCAUUAGGUACGUCUGUACCUUUGUUAAUUUCCGGCCACAUUUCCAUGUCGGUGUGAGAAGCUAUUUCAUUUUUAAUUGAUAGGCUGUUCACAAGGACAACUGGUUGGUUCUCAUACUGCCAGAAUCCGGUUCUAGCUAGACUCGGGCUUUUUAGAAAUAAGAUGCGCAUUUCAUUAUGGUUAGAAGGCUUCUUGUUAUCGUUCAGGACAUUGUUACUUGCUUUCGUUUCAGCUCGAGAUCUUACCGUGCGAGACCUCUUAAUGGGAGUUA